AUGCAUGGCAAAGUGUCGCCGCGUAUCGAAACGCUGGUCGUCGAUCAUUCGCCGUCCAAACUACAAACAGUUGUUCCCGAUAAGUCCUCGGCUACACCACAGAUACUCUUCGCCUUCCAAGAUGGGUCAUCAAACUUGUUCUUCUACUCUUCACCUCAACCUCAAGAUCUUGAUGUGUAUACUUCGUCUGUUGUAGCCACUCGUCAUGACAUGAAACUCGGGACAGGUUUCUACAAGUUAUGUCGACCUGUUCACGGACUUGUCUGUAGUCAACAUAAAGGAGAGAAGAAGUCAUGGGCUGUGAUUUCUAAUCCCAUCACAGGAGAGUACGUAACCACACCCAAAGUGUCGAUAGAAGGUGUUAAAGGGUGGAUAAAAGGAAAAGCAGAGUAUUCUUUUGGGUAUGAUCCAAUAGAAAAACAGUUCAAGAGCGUCAUUGAUCCAGGAUAUGAGGAGUUGAGAAACCUUGCUGCCCCCGAUCAAAAUCAGCGAAAAUCUCUUGAAGAAGCGAAGCUCAAGGAUCUCAAAGCCAAAAAUUACCUGUUCCAGUCAAUUAACAAAACCAUUCUGAAGACCAUCACUCAGAAGGAGACAGCUAAGCAACUUUGGGACUCCAUGAAAGUGAAAAAUCAGGGAGGAGCUCGAGUGAAGCGAGCACAACUUCAAAGACUCAGAAAGAACUUUGAGACGUUGGAGAUGAAGGCUGGAGAAACGGUGGCCAGCUAUUUUGGAAGAGUCAUGGAGACAACCAACGACAUGAAAAAUUGUGGUGAAAUAAUCGAUGAUGUCAAGAUCGUGGAGAAGAUUCUACGAAGUCUCACCGAGAACUUCAAUUUCGUGGCGUCACUACAAAUACAUGAAAGUAAAGUGACAGAGAAGAAAACUGAAGAGCAAGUCUUGCAAGUGGAGAACGAACCAAAGAGUAAUCGUGGAAAAGGAUAUUGGAGAGGAAGAGGAAGAAGCAGUUACAGAGGACGUGGAAGAGGCAGAUCCACUACAGAUCGAUCUGCUAUAACCUGCUUCAACUGUGAGAAGAAAGGGCACUAUUCAUUUGAGUGCACAGAAAAAGCGAACUACGUUGAGUUCGAUGAAGAAGAAGAAUUGCUGUUGAUGGCACACACCGAGGUGAGCAAAGCUGAGGGAAAAGGAGUGUGGUUCUUGGAUUCUGGCUGUUCUAACCACAUGACCGGAGAAAAGUCAUGGUUUACAGAACUAAAUGAAGAUUUCAAACAUUCAGUUCGUUUGGGAAACAACACCAGGUUGGCGGUUGAAGGAAAGGGAAAAAUCAGAUUUGAAGCAGAAGGCAUUGUUCAAGUAAUAACUGAUGUUUAUUACAUUCCCAAUCUCUCAAACAACCUGCUGAGCAUUGGACAGUUACAAGAAAAGCAGCUGAAGUUUGUGAUCGAGAAUGGAACCUGCAGAAUUUUUCAUCGUCAAAGAGGCUUAAUUAUGGAGACGAAGAUGACGUUGAACCGCAUGUUCCUGAUUUACGCCAAGGAAAAACCAGUGUCUGAGAAGUGUCUUAAAGUGGAAGAAGAGGACUUGGGGUCUCUAUGGCACAGAAGACUAGGACAUCUCAAUAAUAUGUCCAUCCAGAUUAUGCAGAAAAAAGAAUUGGUGAAAGGGUUACCAAACAUGAAAAAUGAAGAAAAUGUGUGCACUGUCUGCAAUGUGGGGAAGCAGCAGCGAGAGAAGUUUCCAAAGAAGAGCAAGUGGAGAGCAACCAAGAAGCUGGAAUUGGUUCACACCAUCUAUGUGGAUCAAUUACUCCUGUGUCUCAAAGAGGAAAGAGGUACUUAA